AUGGCUCGAAUAAAUUUUUCCAUUUGUUUCCCACAUCAGAAUUGGACGCAACUUUGUCGCUUGGACAGUGAUGGAGACGGACUGACCAACGGUCAGGAACUUGGUGAUCCAAACUGUGAAUGGACAAAAGGUCAAACUCCUAGUCGCACCACUAAUCUGUCACAUCCGGGUGUUUGUACGCCGGUGAACAGCUUGAGAUGCAAGCAUUUGCACAUUUGUGCUGGUUUGGAAAAUUCGACCGGUUUGGCAGAUGAGACACAUCCACUGGAUAUCGUCGUCAAGUAUACAACUUCAGAUGAUGCUUUUUUCAAGACGACCGUUGUACUGGUCGUGUUUUUGACAAUGGUAAAACUCAUUGGAUGUCCCGAAUUGAAAUACCGGAUAGCCAAUGGUAACUGGCCGUAUUGCAAAUCGCCUGAGGUUUAA